UCUACUCUCUAGUGUUUUUCUUUUUCUCUUUUUCAACUAAUGGCCUUCAGUCGGCUGUCCUUGGCCUCUCUUCCUACGGAGUUUCCUGUUUCAUUUGCUUCCUGCUCAAUCGACAGCUUGCGUAUGACACUUCCCCUUUUUUGCUAGGUAAUUAGUUCCUGCACCUUUACUUCGAUUGGACCCAUUUUCUUUACCUUUGGGCAGUUGAGGACCUCUUGUCUUGGUCAGAGUUUCACAGGCCAUCAUGGCAGUCAAAUGGACUGGUGGACAUUCUUCUUCUAUCCUCUGCCUGAAUGCAAGUAAAGAUGGGCUGGUGGCUUCAGGAGCAGAGGGUGGAGAUCUUGUGGCUUGGGGUGAAGAUGGGACUCCAUUAGGCCACGUGCGGUUGGAAGGGGCCAAUGACGUCACCAGCAUCUUGUUUUCUCACUCCUGCCCCACCACGCUCUAUGCCUCCCACGGAGAAAUCAUCAGUGUACUAGAUGUCAGGUCUCUUAAAGGGUUGGUGGACCAUUUUCAUGUGAAUGAGGAAGAAAUCAAUUGUCUUUCACUAAAUGAACCGGAAAGCCUGUUGGCUUCUGCCGAUGACUCUGGGGCGAUCAAAAUCCUGGACUUGGAAAAGAAGAAAGUUACCAGAUCCCUGAAGAGACAUUCUAACAUCUGUUCCGCUGUGGCUUUCCGACCUCAGAGGCCUCAGAGUCUGGUGUCGUGCGGCCUGGAUAUGCAGGUGAUGCUGUGGAGUCUUCAAAAAGCCCGUCCCGUCUGGAUUACGAAUUUACAAGAGGAUGAAACAGAGGAGAUGGAAGGCCCCCAGUCCCCCGGCCGGCUCCUAAACCCCGCACUAGCCCACUCUGUCUCUGUAGCAACAUGUGGCAAUGUUUUCAGCUGUGGUGCAGAGGAUGGUAAGGUGCGCAUCUUCAGGGUGAUGGGAGUCAAAUGUGAUCGAGAAUUGGGAUUUAAGGGUCACACUUUGGGGGUAUCCCAGGUCUGCUUUGUGCCCGAGUCCUAUCUGCUGCUUACUGGAGGGAAUGAUGGGAAGAUAAGGUUAUGGGAUGUGAGCAGUGAAAUAGAGAAGAAACAGAAGAGUCCUGCAAAGCACGCCCACAGGAAAAAAGCAAAAAGAGCAGCGUGCCCCAAGCAGGGUGAGAACUCCAGUGCCACAGCCGCGGAUGAGGAGGGGCCUGCGAGGAUUGUGCCAAAGCUCGACAUUGAGCAUGGAGAAAAAGUGAACUGGCUCUUGAGUACAAAGAUAAAAGGGCACCAAAGCCUCUUAGUGGCUGACCAGACGAGCUGUGUGUCUGUGUACCCCUUAAACGAACUUUAGGCCCAAUAAAGAGCACUGUAGGAACUCUGA